UGUCUCUCUGGUGGGGACGAGUGGGGUUUGAUUGGGGUGGGGGUGCGGGGUCAAAGCUUGUGUGGUGUUCCUCAGCGGCUCCAGGGUGUGUUUUAACGACCAGAGAAGACCCUCAGCCUCGGAAGUUCCACUGAUUCCCUGAAAUCGCAGUGGACCGCAGGAGAAAAGGGGAAGGCACAAGAUUCAUACCAACAUUGCGGGCAUAAAGCACAGUUCUGUGAAUCGUAUGUGAGGCUGUAAUGAUGCCACCAGCAGAUCCCCAAGAGGGGACUCGCAGAUAUAUAUUUGAUAAUGCAUUGAAAAAUGAAUCAACACUCCGAAAUAGAGCAUGGCAAUCACCUCUCCCCUCCCUCGGAAAUAACACACCUCGUCCUGGAAACAACAGUAACUGCAAGCAGGCUAUUCCCGCUGAUCAUUUCUUUUACAGCCGGAACAACCCUCAUCCCAAAAGAGUGUACCAUAUUAGAGGUCUGAAUGAUGCACCUGUCUGUAAGGUGGAUGAUUUUGUUCCGUGCAGCAAAGAACCAUCCAAACCACCAACACCAAAACAAGAGUUUGUCAAACCGUUGAGGCCAAUCACUGCGAAUAUUCCUAUAACCGUUCCUUAUCCAGCACAUGUCAUCACAGGAGUACCACAGCCACCUUGUAAAGACGAAACACAACCUGAUAUCAGCUUUCUAUAUUCUCAAGCUUGGCGAGAAGAACUGAGGGACCUAACAGCGAGGGUAGAAUUCAUUCCAGAACCAACUUCAGAAGCAAAAGAGGAGGAUGCAAAAUGGGCAACCCAGUAUCCUGCUGAGAAGGGGAGUUUGUGCACUUCUCCAAUAAGACCUAAAUCCCGGCCUGCAUCCAGACCGGGUUCACGUGCUGGGGCCAGUGAAUGCGCUCGACCCACCCUGACAGUGGCUGAACGUGAAGUUCUAGUCCUGGAGCUACUGUCCCAGAUCUUACAAACUGAUUCACUCCAAGCUGUACAGCAGUGGUUACUCAUAACAGGACAAAAAGACAAAGACAUGGUGUUGGAUUUGCUUCGAAUGGCUGUGGCCAAUAUGAAGUUCAACAGCUCAUAUGCUUCAACAAGUGCCACUGGAAAAGAUAAUUUAACUUCUCGCCAGCCAGCUGAAGAAACAGAAGUGGAUAUAUUCCGAGCACAGUCUGCAUGUGAGAGGCGCCGUGCCAGAUCACAAUGUCAGUGUCAAAGACUGGAUUCAAUCUUGGAGAAAGAUCCAGAUAGAGAGAGAGAUCGCAAAAUGCUGGAACAGACCAGGCCACUUUCUGCUGCUCACCAUUGUCCACGACCUAAUAUGUGCAAAAAGCCAAAAACUCUUGGAGUGCCAAAAAGAAUGCCCAAUGUGAUGUCUUCGCCCAUACUGGAUGGGAAAUUGUGCCACAGUAAGAUUGAUUUAUCUAAAACUUAAAACAGAAGAAGACCCCUUGAAAGAUUUGUGACAAAUAAGCAUGCAGAGUUAUCAGUAAAUUUUUUGGAGGUAAAUGAAGCAUCAAUGUGUUGGAUUAAAUUGUGCAUCUUCACUAGACUGAAUGACAGAUUUGUUCAAGCAUAAUCUACCACACACAGAAAAAUCAGUCAUUUAAAGCAGAACUUUAGAAUAACAACAAUGAACCUCUAAAAAUGUGGUCAGACUAACUCUAGGAUUUAAGAUUCUUAUUAGUGCUGUUACAGUAUUAAUGUAUAACAUGGUCAUCCUACAAUCUUGGGUACACCACCAGUCUCCAUGAAUAAAGUACACCCCAUCCCCACAUGAAGCUGUUACACCACUUACCUCACUGGAUUUUUAAAAUAACCUUUGUUUAAAAAGGCCGUCAGAUCUCCCUUUUUAUUUUCAGCAUGCUACAUUGUGGCCCCACGCAUUUGGUCACUUAAUUGAAGUGAGCAAUUUACCUUGAUCAGUUCAGCAAGUUCUUUCAUAAUCCUUGAGGAGUCUGACCAAUUUACAGUUUCCUGUUUAUCAAGGGAAACAUUUCAUACCAGACUGACUGGGGUAGUGACAUUUGGUAUUCACCUUUUAAGAAGCAAUUUGUUCUUGGGAUGACAGUUUGCCAUGAAUAAAUCUCAUUCAUGGAAUGCAAUUGCUGUUGGCAAAACCAGCAUUUAUGAACAAUCUCGAACUGUACUUGAAGAAGUCACAGUGAGCUGCCAGCUGAUAACUGAGCAGGUUGCUGUUUCAGACGGCCAGAUCAGGGUUACAAAAUAUAAUUGACUCUUGAGUUACAUACGGGCCACACCAAGGGUGGCUAAUUCCUUCACAUUAGUAAUCACAUAGGUUUUUAUGCUCACCAUUACUAAUACUAGCUUUAUUUUUAAUUCCAGAGUUAUUGAAUUAAUUGAAGUUAAAUUCCGUUACUCAGAUAUGAAUUCAAUACCUCCAAAUGAUUGAUCCAGGCCACGGGAUUUUCUAACAUUUUAAUAUCAAAAGAAGAUUUGUACUGAUAAAAAUCAACUUCCAGAAAGUGAAAAGCUGAGAUUGGUAAAGACAAUAACGUCAAAAAUCAUUGAAUGCAAAACAAUAAUAUUAAAAACUAGUGGCAUCAACAGUAAUGUUGUACCAAGGAAGAUAUUGGUAAUAAAAAUGACAAUAAAUUAGCUUUGAAAACAAAUAUUUGUUGAAGCUUUUCUUGUACUCAAUAGGACAACUUGCAAGAAGUAUGAUGUAAAAAGAAGCACUACCGCUUAUGCUGUACGAAGGAAGAGUGCUUGGCAAGUAAACACUGACUCUGGUGUGUUGAGAAUGCACCAGUUACAUGAUGACUGUUGUUAACUGCCAAGCUUUGUUUACAUUUAAACCAGGCAGGGUGGUUCUGAUUAGUCAAUCAUUGGUCAGAGGCAAUGAAUCAGAGAAUAGCUGUCAUCUAUUUCUCAGGACUUGGCCUGUAGCCUUGUAUUCAGUUAUUCAUCUACACACCUCCUAAAUGUUGUCCUACUCCAUGACUUAAGCACAGAAACCAGGGGUGACAGUACUGAGGGCAAUGCUGUCUUUUGCAUUUAAGCUAGAAAUUGAGAUCAUAAGGGCGUAAAUAAAAGAUGCCAUGUCACUAUUUUGAAGAUUAAGAGGCAGCCCUGACAUUCUGACCAAUGUUGUUCACUCAAUCAAUAGCAUCAAAUUAAAUCAUCUGAUCAUUGUUAAACUGCUGGUUUUAGAAGUUUGCUGUGUAUAAAUGAACUGUCGCAUUUCUUACAUUCUAACAGUAACUAUUCUUCAGAAGUGCACCAUUCGCUGCAAUUGUGUGGUUGUGAAAGGUCUUAAGGGUUAAUCUUUCUCCCCUGUGUAUUAUAUGGCAACUCAGCUAAUUGUAAUUGCUGUAUUGACUAUAGUAAUGUACUUUUUGUCCUUGCGCAUGCGUACUUUGUGUUACUCAGACUGUUCUUGCCAUUGUGCUGCAAAGACAAUGUUGCAUAGUUUUGAAGAUGAGACAACCAAACAUUGUCUGACAACAGUGCCCUUCUAAUAAUUGUUCGGACUGAGUUUGUGCAGUGAAUUCUCCUGGAUCCAAAUUAAUAUAUGAUGUCUAAAUGUGGAGCUGGGUGAACACAG